AUGCCGUGCAACCGAGCGCCGCUGGUUCAGGGACUGUGGCCGCUGGCGGUGGUCAACAUGACGGAGAGCGCGCUACUCGCUAAGAUGACAGCGGAAACAGGCCCGGCGAGCGCACACGUCACGCCGCCGUCGUGGUCUCGGGCGGCGCGCAACCCGCCUGCCGCUGCUGCCACAAGAGUGGCUGCUGCAACGGUGGAAGACGAUCUCGCCGCGAUUCGUGCGCAAGUCGCCCUGGAGGCGGUGGCAAACAUGAACUGGGGAUUUGUCCUCCAGCAGUGGCAGAAGGCAGAGGCAUACUACACUUCCGCUGACCGCGAGGAAAAGAUAGGUGCUCACCGUGCCAAGUUGGAGCGCAAUGCAGCCUUGGAAGCGAUGAAGAAGCUGCACGACAGCGGCGCAACUAUCCUUAUGUCGGACACGGUUGAAAUCACAACACCAGCAGCAGGUGGCCGUGGCAGCGGAACUAGUGGGGUGGUUGAGAAUGCACCACAGAAAGAGGGACAGGCGCAAACUGCCGAUGCAGCACAAGAGUCAAAAACAGGUGCUGCGGCGACGGGUGCCGUGGCCGAGCAGGAUCCGCAAUGCACGCAUCUAGCGGACGGCACGUGGCAAUACACGUACCGGAAUGGUGACGUGACGCUCCUUCGGCCCGACGGUACAAGGGUAUUCAAGAAGAGCGACCUCACCACAACAGUCUUUUCGGAUGGCAGUACGCUCUACGCUUACCCAAACAACACCUCCAUCCUUGACCGUGCGGACGGAGUGCGCGUGACGACAUUUGCCGACGGAACGAUCCAAGAGGAGCGGAUAAAGUAA